AUCCAACCACACAUAGAGAAGAGAAAGAAAAAGGAAAGAGAAAGGAAGUAUCUGUGGGGAAAUAGAAGCAAAAGAAAGAUGCAGCAGGAUUUGGUGUGUGGAUAGGGAGGGUCCAGCGUAGUAGCUGUGUACCCACAAACGCUACGCAACACAUCACAUUCUUCUUCACACCACCGCAACCACUUUCUCUCGACCACAAUAAUUCAACUUCUUCAAGGUUUGGAUAGUGUUACGCCCUACUCGAAACAUGACCUCUGCUCACAACCUUACUGAUAAUGAAGAUGAAGGGCAGCACCAGUCAGAAUCCCAAGUGCAGUCCCCGUCUGCAAAUGGAAUUUCUGAUUCCGCUAUUAGAACCCAGAAUGUCAAUGUACAGUAUGCAACACCUGGCCAGCUUGGAGCUGGGCAUGCAAUGGUACCACCUGUGUAUCCAUAUCCAGAUCCUUAUUAUAGAAGCAUCUUUGCUCCCUAUGAUACUCAACCUUAUCCCCCACAAGCCUAUGGUGGACAGCCAAUGGUCCAUCUUCAGUUAAUGGGAAUUCAGCAAGCUGGUGUUCCUCUCCCAACUGAUGCAGUUGAGGAGCCUGUGUUUGUCAAUGCAAAACAAUAUCACGGUAUAUUGAGACGUAGACAAUCCCGUGCUAAAGCUGAAUCAGAAAAUAAAGCUAUAAGAAAUAGGAAGCCAUACUUGCAUGAAUCUCGACACAUGCACGCACUGAGAAGACCGAGAGGAUGUGGUGGUCGGUUUCUGAAUUCAAAGAAAGAAGAGAACGAGCAUAAUGAUGUAGCAUCAGCAGACAAAUCACAAUCCAAUAUCAAUCUCAAUUCUGAUAAAAAUGAUCAAACGUCAUCAGAUAGGACAUCCUGAAACUACAGAAAUGACAAUAUCUUAGACAGUGGGGGGAUCGAUUGUAUGUGAGAGAUCAAUAAUACCUGCCUUGGAUAACCCACUAUUGCUUCAUUCUGGCUUUGUAAAAACACUCUAGGUUUUGUGUGGUAGGUACGUUAGGAUGUGGCAUGAUGCAGGUAAAAUGUAAAUUGAACAGAUUUAUCAAAUAUUGGCCUUUGGUAGGUGAGAUUUUUAUGGUGAGCAUUUCUUUUGUAUUUGAUACUCUAGAGAGAUUAGAUUGUCCGAAGCCAUGUUUGGAUGGAUCAUGUUUAUUUACCUUGCUGGAGGCAGUUGAAGGAGUUUCAAGUUUCAACCA